AUGAAUUUUCCAACCAAAUUGUCACAAAAUGAUCAAGAAGCUGAUGAUCAAGAAAAUGUCGAUGAAAGGGAUCGUGAGAAUGAUGAUAACGGUGACGACGAGAAUCCUCAGAAGGAAAAUGCGAGUAGGGAAGAAGAAGAUCAGGAGAUCGGCGAUGAAGGCGAUCCUGAUUGUGAUGAGAAAAUGGAUGAUGAUGGUGAUGAGACGGAUAACGAAGAAGAAGAGGGCAAUGAGCCGAUUGAUGGCGAAGGCGAAGAUGAGAAUGAUGAAGACAAUCGAGAUGUUGAGGCGAAACAUGACGAAGACGAUGAGAAGGCGGCUGAUGAGAAGAAUGAUGAUGAAAAAAUUGAGCAGGGAACGGGUGGAGAGCGAAUGGAUCAGAAUGAGAAGAAUGAUCAGACGGAGGGCGGUGUUGCCGAAGAUGAGAAUGAUGAGAAGGAUGAGGAUGAAAAGGAGCAAGGUGAGGGCAAGAGCAAAUCGGAUCCUCGCGGAAAAGAUGGCGAUGGUGAAACGGCGAAAGUCGAGAAGAAGGAGAAUGAGGAAGACGGGGAGAAUGAUGAAGAUGAAGAAGAAGGCGUCGAGAAGCGUGAAAAACCGGAAAAACGCGAGCUGGCGACAGAAUCGAGCGACAACGUCGACGAUGUCGAAAUGGGUGAAGGUGAGGAAAACGAGCAGGGACAACAGAUGGAGGACGCGGCGGUCGCUGAAAGGCAGAUUGUUGGAAAAGGGACACUCGAUGAAGCGAAACAGACGAAGCGCGAGAACGAGACGGAGGAACGCGGCGAGAAGAAGAGGAGGAAGCUUCCCGAGGGUGUCAUGGAUGAGAUGGGUGGCGAUGAUGGCGAGAUUGAAGAUGACGAUGCGGUUGAGGCGAAGAAUGCGCAGAUUCAUUUGCCUGCUUUGGAAAUGUUCAGUUUGAUGGAAGAUGCCACCAAAGAGCUUGUCGCUGGAAUUGUUGAGCACGACACGGAAAAACGAUUAGAUGAGAAUGAUGAGGCGACGCGUGGAAUCAAUGAAGACGCUGAUGAGCAAUGGGCGGCGAUGUCGAGAAUCGUUGGCGUGUUGGCCGCCGAACUUGCUGAAAAUCUUCGUUUGAUUCUGGAGCCGCAACGAGCCAAUAAAAUGCAGGGCGAUUAUCGAAGCGGCAAGCGGUUGAACAUGCGGCGACUCAUUCCGUAUAUUGCUAGCGACUAUCGCAAAGAUCGAAUUUGGAUGAGGCGAACGAAACGAGCGCAAAGAGAAUAUCAGAUAAUGAUCGCGGUGGAUGAUUCGGGAUCGAUGAACGAAAAUGGGAUCCAUCAAGUCACUUGCGAGUCGGUGUGUAUCGUUGAGGACGCGCUACGAAGAUGCGACGCUGGUAGUGUGUCGGUGUGCUCGUUCGGCGCGUCUGUCGACACAAUCAUUCCGUUCGGCGAAGCGUCGGGUUCGAGCAGUGUGCAAAUGUUGAAGAAGCUCACGUUCAGCCAAAACAAAACCGAUCUUUUGCUUUUGUUGAAAACGGCGAAACGCGAGCUCGACAACAUUCGAACGGCAACGUCCGAGCAAAUGCUUAUCAUUAUUUCGGAUGGUCGUGGAACGUUGUCGCAAGGAGCUGACAAGGUUCGUGCAUUGUAUUCGGCUCUUCACGGAGUAACUGUGCUAUUUGUGAUUCUCGAUUCGGGUAAAAAAUCAAUUGAAGACUUGUCAGUGGCGUCGUUCAAAGACGGCAAGGUGGUACUUACAUCGUAUUUGUCACUGUUUCCGUUCCCGUUCUACGCGAUCGUCAAAAAUGUUCAACAACUGCCGUCAGUGAUUGCCGAAUCGAUUAGGCAGUGGAAAAUGUCGGUUCUUGAGCAACUCAAAAAGGUAUCGAUUGUUGUCGCUGACACUGGAGAUUUCAAUCUCAUCAAGGAGUUCCAGCCAACGGAUGCCACUACAAACCCAUCGCUCAUACUUGCUGCUUCCAAAAUGGAGCAAUACGCUCCAUUGAUCGAUGAAGCUGUCGCCUACGCGAAGAAGAAUGCGAAUGGACGCGAUCAGGUUCUUCAAUAUGCGAUGGAUCGUCUUUUCGUUGUGUUUGGCAAUGAAAUUCUCAAACUCAUUCCUGGAAGAGUUUCGACCGAAGUUGAUGCCAGACUAUCGUUUGAUACUCAAGGUUCGAUUGAUCGAGCUCUUCACAUUAUUAAGCAAUACGAAGAGGAGGGAAUUUCGAAGGAGCGAAUCCUUAUUAAGUUGGCGUCGACGUGGGAGGGAAUUCAGGCGGCCAAGAUUCUCGAAUCUCAACACGGAAUUCACUGCAACAUGACAUUGUUGUUCAAUUUUGAGCAGGCCGUUGCUUGCGCCGAAGCUGGUGUUACUUUGAUCUCGCCGUUUGUCGGAAGAAUCAUGGAUUGGUACGUCAAGAAUACCGAUAAGAAGAGUUUCACGCGCGCCGACGAUCCGGGAGUCUUGAGUGUAACGAGAAUUUUCAACUACUACAAAAAAUAUGGCUACAAGACUCAAGUGAUGGCCGCGUCGUUUAGAAACACUGAAGAGAUCAAGGGUCUCAUGGGAUGCGAUCUUCUGACAAUCAGCCCGGCGUUGUUGAAACAACUCGCCGCUGAAACUGAGACGGUUCCGUUGGCACUCUCGGCUGAAAAUGCCAAAAGUCUUGAUAUUCCGAAAAUCGCCGUCGAUGAGAAAACGUAUCGUUUCGGCCUCAACGAGGAUGCGAUGGGAACUGAGAAGCUCGCCGAGGGAAUUCGCAACUUCGCCAAGGAUGCUCGCCUCCUCGAAAAGCUCAUUGAAGCAAAAUUGUAG